CGCGGGGAAGGACCGGAACUCCAGGCGGGCGGCUUGUUGAUAAUAUGGCGGCAGGUGCUGCCGGGGCAUCUCCAGAAGGCAGCGGGGCCUGCACCCGGAAGGAGGGGAGCUUUUCGGGCUAGUGUGGAGGCCGCGGUGCACCCGGAAGUCCGGGCUGGCUGCUGAAUGAGGGGAGCCGGGCCCUCCCCGCAACAGUCCCCCCGCGCCCUCCGCCCCGACCCGGGCCCCACCAUGUCCUUCUUCCGGCGGAAAGUGAAAGGCAAAGAACAAGAAAAGACCUCAGAUGUUAAGUCAAUUAAAGCCUCUGUAGCCGUACUUUCCCCACAAAAAAGCACGAAAAAUCAUGCCUUGCUGGAGGCUGCAGGACCAAGUCAUGUUGCAAUCAAUGCCAUUUCUGCCAACAUGGAUUCCUUUUCAAGUAGCAGGACAGCAACGCUUAAGAAGCAGCCAAGCCACAUGGAGGCUGCUCAUUUUGGUGACCUGGGAAGGUCUUGUCUGGACUACCAGACUCAAGAGACCAAAUCAAGUCUUUCAAAAACUCUUGAACAAGUCUUACAUGACUCUAUUGUUCUCCCUUAUUUUAUUCAAUUCAUGGAACUUCGGAGAAUGGAGCAUUUGGUUAAAUUUUGGUUAGAGGCUGAAAGUUUUCACUCUACAACUUGGUCCCGAAUAAGAGCACACAGUUUGAACACAGUGAAGCAGAGCUCUCUGGCUGAGCCUGUGUCUCCGUCUCUGAAGCAUGAAACUACAGCAUCUUUUCUAACUGAGACUCUUGAUAAGAGGUUGGAGGACUCCAGCUCAGCCCAGUUGCUGAUGACUCAGUCAGCAGGAAUUGACCUGAGUAAUAGAACUAGCAACAUCCAGAAUCACUUGCUACUUUCCCAGGAAUGUGACAGUGCGCAUUCUCUCCAUCUUGAAAUGUCCAAAACAGUAACUCAAGUUUCCAUUGAAAUCCAAGAACCCUCCUCUAGACUUACAGUGACUAAUAGAAAUAGUUCUUGUUCUCCACUAAAGGAAUUAUCAGGAAAAUUAAUGAAAAGUAUAGAGCAAGAUGCAGUGAAUACUUUUACCAAAUAUAUAUCUCCAGAUGCUGCUAAACCAAUACCAAUUACUGAAGCAAUGAGAAAUGAUAUCAUAGCAAAGAUUUGUGGAGAAGAUGGGCAGGUGGAUCCCAAUUGUUUUGUUUUGGCACAAUCCAUUGUCUUUAGUGCAAUGGAACAAGAGCACUUUAGUGAGUUUCUGCGAAGUCACCAUUUCUGUAAAUACCAGAUUGAAGUACUGACCAGUGGGACUGUUUACCUGGCUGACAUUCUCUUCUGUGAGUCAGCCCUCUUUUAUUUCUCUGAGUACAUGGAAAAAGAGGAUGCUGUGAAUAUCCUACAGUUCUGGUUGGCAGCAGAUAAUUUCCAGUCUCAACUUGCUGCCAAAAAGGGCCAGUAUGACGGACAGGAAGCACAGAAUGAUGCCAUGAUUUUAUAUGACAAGUACUUCUCCCUCCAAGCCACACAUCCACUUGGAUUUGAUGAUGUUGUUCGAUUAGAAAUUGAAUCCAAUAUCUGCAGGGAAGGUGGGCCACUCCCCAACUGUUUUACAACUCCAUUACGUCAGGCUUGGACAACCAUGGAAAAGGUCUUUUUACCUGGCUUUUUGUCCAGCAAUCUUUAUUAUAAAUACUUGAAUGAUCUCAUUCAUUCUGUUCGAGGAGAUGAAUUUCUGGGAGGAAAUGUUUCGGUGGCAGCCCAUGGUGUUGGCCCUCCUGAAGACACUCACCCAGGUGGUUCCGACAGUUCGUCUUCUCAGUCCAGUAUGAAGAAAGCCAGUGUUAAAAUUCUGAAAAAUUUUGAUGAAGCGAUAAUUGUGGAUGCUGCAAGUCUGGAUCCAGAGUCUCUGUAUCAGAGAACAUAUGCAGGGAAGAUGAGCUUUGGGAGAGUCAGUGAUUUAGGUCAAUUCAUUCGAGAAUCUGAGCCUGAACCUGAUGUGAAGAAAUCAAAAGGAUCCAUGUUCUCACAAGCUAUGAAGAAAUGGGUGCAAGGCAAUACCGAUGAGGCCCAAGAAGAACUCGCUUGGAAGAUUGCUAAAAUGAUCGUCAGUGAUGUUAUGCAGCAGGCACAACAUGAUCAACCAUCAGAGAAGUCAACAAAGCUAUGACUCAAGACCUGACGUAAAGAAAAUCUACUUUUAAAAAUAAGAGAACUUUUUUCCUUUGGUUGGAAACUUCAGAACAGCCAACAAGCACUGUAAUUCUUUUCACUGAUAUAUCACUGCUCCCAAGAAAGAAUGGCAGACAAUCCUAGACUUCCACCGUAAGCAGAGUGACAUGUAGACAUAAUUGCUGCAUAUGUUCACACAAUGAAAGUCAUGCAGAGACAAAGUGGCAUUGUUUACAUUAUUAGAGAUUUAAUCAUUUUCCAAUGGCAAUAACCCAUUUGUGAGAGUGUUUUAGUCCACUGGAAUAGACAGGGACCACAGACUGGAAGGCAGGUUAACAUAUGGUUGAUAUUUAAUGCACAUUCUGUAGCUAUAACCCACCCCUAACAUUGUAAUUAAACAGAUGCCAGAGGUGCUUUGCUUUGACUCUUAAAACAGCUGAGUCAGCUCCUCUGAGAACCAGGCAGCUAGAUGUGGCUAUGUGGUGCUAGCUGGUGUUUUGUUUUGUUUUGUUUGGGUCAAGAAAAGGCUACUUGCAGUUCACCUUAACAGACAUUAAUAUGGAAGAUAGCUAACAGAUCACAGAUCAGUAUCAUGAUAUUGUCCUUCCCUUUGGCAACAAUAUA